UUGGUUAUGUUUACGGGUAGAAAUUUCGAUUUAAUCGAACUUAUGCAUAUUUUGUGAAUUGUAAAUUGAAAUCAAAGUGCUGCGGCCAUGGGACAGGUAGCUUCGAUGAUUGCCCGCCGGGCGAAUCGCUUCAAUGCCGAGAAUCGCGCCCAUCGCAUCAUUGAGCGCGAGAAACCCACACCGGCACCCAAAUAUGAAUCCAAUCUGAGGGACAUGGAACGCACUCUAGAAUUGGAUCCAAAGUUUGUGGACAAACUCAACCUAAAGGACUCGCACUUGGACACGAGACUAAAAGAUGUUUAUGUAACGUCCCAGGAUCGAUUUAUUGCACGCGUGCAGGAGCGUCAGGCGGCAGAGGCUGCGGCAGAUAUCAAAGAGCAGCGGCCACUACCCUUGGAGCGCAAGACGCCGGAUGACUUUGAGUAUGGCUACAAGGAGCCUAGUCGCAUCCUGGGCGGCCGCUGCACACUGCGGCAGGCCCUGAAGUUCAUCAACGAUCAUCAGAACGAACCGGAACUGUGGCCAGCAAAGAAAAUCGCCGACGAGUACAAGUUGAAGGAGACGCAUGUUGAUAACAUUCUGCACUACUUCAAGACGUUUAAUGUGUACAUACCCGACCAGAAGUACAAGGACACGCUGCUGACGCAGGCAAAGCAAAAGAUAAAUCUGCUCAGGGAGAAGCCCAGUGUCCCGGACAGUAGUAGUUCAUAGUUAGCCUCUACCAUAAAUAGAAACCAAUUGUUGUUUAACCCUA